CCAGGAUAUUUUUCUAUAAUUUGUCACAUUAACGUCAAGAACAAGGAAACAUGAGAAAUAUGACUAUAUUAUUAGCAAGGCUACUUAUAUUACUAGUAGCCGUUACCUUAACCGAGGGCGGUUCUGUAGAAAUACCAUUACAAAAUUUUACAGGAAAGAGAGAUGUGGUUUUCAUUCUUGACUCGUCAGCCAGUGUUGGAACGGAAAAUUUUCAAAUUAUGAAAAAUUUUGCAAGGUUUAUAACUCGUCUAUUUACUAUUGGGAAGACAAAGACACAAUUCGGCCUAGAUGUAUUUUCAACAACCGUGACGACAGAAAUUAAACUGAAUCAGUACAACAACUGUGAGAGCUGUCUCAUACGGAGAAUAACAAUCGCUAAAUAUAAAGGAAGCUUAACAAAUACUUAUUUUGCCUUAGACCAUGCACGACUUAACAGCUUUUCUAAAAGCUAUGGAGCUAGAACUGGAGUGCCUAAAAUCGCCAUAGUAAUGACUGACGGAAAAUCUCAAGAUAAAGAUAAAACUUGUGAGUCAGCGAAAGAUCUGCGAGAUUCUGAAGUAACCAUCAUGGUUAUCCCCAUUGGCUCUGCGGUUGACGAGAAUGAGAUUGAUUGUAUAGCAUCUCGUCCAUCGUUCAUUUUACCUGUUUCAAAUUUUGAUGGACUGAAGAAACGCGAGUUCAGGGAUAGGGUUGGACGGCAAGUGUUCAGUGUGUAAGGUCCUCCAGACUCUGUAGUCGAACGGGGAGCGCCGGGCAGUGCAGGAUAAAAAAGAUACAAUAGCUGCUGUAUGAUAAAAGCUUACGUUUGUGAUAUGAUAUUUUAAAAAAUACACAAAAUAAACUUAAUAAUC